AUGUUUGAAACAAUACUUACUCAUGCUUCCUUUAAAAAUAAGAAUCUAACUAUCCUAUUAGGAUCAGCCUUAACAUCUAAUGUUGUAUCAUUUCGUCGUGCACUACAUGAUUUUAAAAUGAUACAUAAAAAAAUAUUUUCUCAAGAAAUAAAUCAACUUGAUAAACAUCAUUAUACAUUUUUAUGGUAUUUAGCUCAAGCUGGUCUUUAUAAUUCUAUUUAUGAAUUAUACCAAUACGCGUCAAUCGAUUUAAAUAUUAAUAUUAAAAAUGGAUCAUUAAAUCAAACUAUUCUUCAUUACGUUGUAAUCAACGGAAAUCUAGAAGAUAUUCGAAUAGUACUUGAUAUUCAUGUUGAUACAAAUCUAAACGAUCAGUUUGGUCGAACUGCUAUUCAUUAUAUAGCAUUGUACGAUACAAAGCAUAAAAAUGAUAUCGAAAUAAUAAAAUUAUUGAUAGAAUAUGGAGCUAUACCAAAUUUAGAAGAUAAUAUGUGUCAAACAUGUUUACAUCAUGCAAUUAUUAAAGAAAAAUAUGAUCUUGUUGAAUAUUUAAUUAGCUUAUCAAAUAUCAAUAUGUAUAUUAGAGAUAAAUAUGGCUAUACUCCAAUUUGUUAUUUAUGUGAAAAUAUUCUUAAACUAUCAGAUAUUUCAUUUGAAAAUAAGCAAUGUGAAAAUAAUAUUGAACGUAUUCUAAAAAUACUUAAUCUUAUUGUCGAUCGUUGUCCAUCCGAUGAACUUUCAUCUAAUUUUCAUAUUAUAAAAAAUGAUAAACUUAAUGAAAAUCUUUUAUUACAUGUAUAUCAUAAAUUUACUAAUCUUUCAAUAUCAUUCCAUACAAAUAUUUUAUUUACUCGUCUUGAAUCCAUCAUUAUCGGUACUAAUCAAGAUCAUUGUUUACUUACUGAACAACUUCUAAAAUCUCAUUCUUGGCAAUCAUCAGUAAAUGCUCUAUGUAAUACACAUCAUGUUAAUAUAUCAAAUGCUCUUAUUCAAUGUAUUGCUCAUGAUCCACAUAUAUUAUUAAGUUCAAAUAUUUCACAUUUCUCUGAUCUAUCGAUGUUUUUUGUAUUAAUAUUUUAUGCAUUAGCAAGUGAUGUCAAAUUAUUACAAAAUAUUGUACCAAUGUGUGAUUAUUUAAUUUUUAAAAAUACAAAGAAUACAUGUUAUUUCUAUAUAGAUAAUUUUAAUUUACAUACAAUUUAUACAACAUUUAUUCAUAGUUGUUUACAUUAUGCAAAUUUCAAUGUAUUUUCACUUAAACAUUUAUGUCGUUAUCAUAUUCGUUAUUAUUUAAAAUCGAAUAUUAUUAAUAAAAUAGAUCGAUAUUCAAUUUUAAAAUUAAAAUACUGCAAUUAUCUUAAAUUAAAUGAACUUUCAGAUAUAUACUUUAAAACUCAUAAUUUAGCAUAUAUAAUAUAUCUUAUUAAAAGAUUAUAUAACAUACAUCGAGUAGAAGAAUACAAUCUGUUCGAAAAUGACAUAAAUAUUAUUAAUGAUAAAUCAUUACCAAUGAAUAUAGUUACUAUUUCAUCUACCAUUGAUACGUUGUCAAAUGAAAAUACUAUUGAAUAUUUAUCGGAAAGUAAUGAAACGAUAGAAACAGAAGAUGUUAAAUCUAUUCAUUAUCGUACAAUAGAAGAAAUAAUGGCAGAAUCAGAUAUAUCAUCUGAUAAUUUAGUAGAAUCGAAACGUUCAUUAGAAUUAUUCAAAACAAAUUCUAUUCAAAAUAUAAAUCAUAAAUCUAUAUUAUCAGAUUUAGAUGAUGAAAUAUCAAUAGAAGAAUUUGAAAAUGAACUAGCUGAUGUCAAUACUAAAUCAAAAUAUAUUGAAGAUAUGAUUGAUAAAUUUUUAUUGGAAAAAUAA